AUGACUGUAAUAUCACAAAUGAGGCAAGUAAUGAAGACAUAUGAUGCAGUAGGCCUUGCUGCCCCACAAAUUGGUGUUCCACUCAGAAUAAUAACUUUGGAGUUUUCUCAACGCAAGAAGGAGUUUGGAGAGGAAGUUUAUGCUGCUCGAGAAAUGUCCAUUCUUCCAUUCACAGUAGUCAUUAAUCCACAAAUGGAGAUUUUAGAUUACAAAAAGGUCACAUUCCCAGAAGCCUGUGAAAGUCCGGGCUAUAGUGCUAUGGUACCAAGAUACAAGGCAGUAAAACUUGUUGGACAGGACCAGUCUGGGGAAGAAUUGGAACUGGAAACUAAAGGAUGGUUAGCGAGAAUAAUACAGCAUGAAAUGGAACAUCUCGAUGGAAAGCUUUAUAUAGACUCCAUGGAUGUUAAAAGCUUCCAAAAUGAUGCUUGGCAUAGAAUAAAUGUACAUCAAGGAAGAGUCCAAAUACAGUUUUAUAAAAAAUAAGGUUGUAGUAAUUCAUAUGUUGUUUUGUAAAUACAUUGUUUUAUUUAAA